CUUUAGUCAGUCGAACGAGGGGAAGUGGGCAGGGCCCGGCGUGAGUGAGUGUGUGUGUGUCCGUCCGUGUGUGACUACCGCGAAGCCCGUGGUCCGCUGCCGUCAGUCGAGGGUUUUGACUCCAACCGCCCGGUUAUCAUCUCGUUAACGGACCCGUGGAGAAAAUGAACAAACUCCCUCUCUCUCGGUCGGAGGUUUUCGGGGAGCUGAGGAAGGAACUGCAUGAAGUUGAAGAGUUCCAUCAGUCCGCUCACGUCUUCAUCAUCAUGGGAGCAUCGGGGGAUCUGGCUAAGAAGAAAAUCUACCCAACUCUAUGGUGGUUGUUCAGAGACGGGCUCCUUCCUGAGCAGACUUAUUUCGUUGGCUUUGCUCGCUCUGACCUGACCGUUGAUGCCAUUCGGACUGCUUGCACACCAUACCUGAAGGUGACGGACAAAGAUACGGAGCGGCUAUCGGCCUUCUUCAAGAGGAACACGUACAUCAGUGGGAAAUACACUGACGAGAGUUCCUUCUCCAAACUCAACUCGCACAUGACGUCUCUCCCCGGAGGACCCGCUGCAAACCGGCUCUUCUACUUGGCGCUGCCACCCACUGUUUACCACGACGUCACCAAGAACAUUAAGGACUGCUGCAUGAGCGCCAAAGGCUGGACCAGAGUGAUUGUAGAGAAGCCGUUUGGACACGACCUUAAGAGCUCUGAAGAGCUUUCCACUCACCUCUCCUCGCUCUUCACCGAGGACCAAAUCUACCGUAUUGAUCACUAUCUGGGCAAGGAGAUGGUGCAGAACCUCAUGGUGCUCAGGUUUGGGAAUCGAAUCUUCGGGCCGAUCUGGAACAGGGACAGUCUGGCCUGCGUUGUUCUCACCUUCAAAGAACCGUUUGGGACUCAGGGACGAGGAGGCUACUUUGAUGACUUCGGCAUCAUUCGUGAUGUCAUGCAGAACCACUUGCUCCAGAUGCUCUGCCUGGUUGCCAUGGAGAAACCGGCUUCCACCAGCUCUGAUGAUGUCAGGGACGAAAAGGUGAAGGUGCUGAAGUGCAUUACUCCGGUGUCCAUAUCGGAUGUAGUACUGGGUCAGUAUGUGGGAGAUCCAGAGGGGGAGGGAGAGGCCAAACUGGGUUAUCUUGAUGAUCCCACAGUUCCUAAAGGAUCCACUCAGGCCACCUUCACCACUGCUGUGCUGUAUGUGCACAACGAACGCUGGGACGGUGUUCCUUUCAUCCUCCGCUGUGGAAAAGCUCUGAAUGAGAGGAAAGCCGAGGUGAGGCUGCAGUUCACAGACGUCCCGGGGGACAUUUUCGGAAAUCAGUGUCGCAGGAACGAGCUUGUGGUGCGCGUGCAGCCCAACGAGGCCGUCUACGCCAAGAUGAUGAGCAAGAAGCCGGGCGUUUACUUCAGCCCUGAGGAGACCGAGCUGGACCUCACCUACAAGAGUAGAUACAAGGAUGUGAAGCUUCCAGACGCUUACGAACGUCUCAUCCUGGACGUCUUCUGUGGGAGUCAGAUGCACUUUGUACGCAGUGAUGAACUAAGGGAAGCCUGGAGGAUCUUCACACCUCUUCUGCACCACAUUGACAAAGAGAAGCCCAAACCCAUUCCUUACAUAUAUGGAAGUCGGGGCCCGGCUGAAGCAGACGAGCUCGCAAAGAAAGUCGGAUUUCGCUACGAAGGCACUUACAAAUGGGUCAACCCUCACAGACUGUGAAUGGUGAUAAGAUGAGGGAGGAGUAGAUGCAGGGCCGCUGGAGGGGUACGUCCGCUGUAUCAUCAUGUUUCACUUGUGGAGUGUCUUUUGAGGACGGAGGCGAUUUAUCGCUGUAGCUGAAACAAGCUGGUAUUUCUCAGGUAUCCUUGGAAGGAGUUUAUUGGACAUUCAACCCAAAAAACAAACAUCCAUUUUAUUUAGAGUUCUUGAAUUUAAUUCUUAAUUUUUGAGUUGUAGAGGGAACAAAACAAUCAAUGAACAAACAAACGUUGAGAACAAAGUACCACGUCUGAUAAACUGGCGUCUGGGUGGUAAAUGGAAUGACUGAAUAACAAAAGCAGAGCAACAACAAACUCCUCAUUGUAAGCAGCGCACCAAAGAUGGUACCGGAUCACGGCAGAGACGAGGAACAGGAAUGAUUGUUCACCAGCGUGAUUGUGAUACCAUUAUGCUUCGACUGCACUUAUUAAUCACACUUAGUGAAAUCUCUUUGUACACAUUGCGCUCUGUGUCUGCCUCCUCUUUAAGCUUUAUAUGGUUUCUAAAGGGCAAAGCAUUCAUACUGGAAUAGUCUUAAGAUUCUUUGUGGACAAGCGCGGUCUUGUUUAGUAGCCUUCUUCUAAGCUUCCUUUUAGGUUUACAUGUUUUUUUAGGUUUAUUAAAGCUGCUGAUUCAAUCCGCAUUUCAAAAUAGUCAGGCAGGUGUGUAGCGAAGGUCACCAGUGAAUGUAAAGCUAACUACACCACCACUACUUGUAAUAAACGAACUUUGCUUCUAUAUUAACCUGGUUUUCAUUUUACAAUAUAAAAGUGUCAUCCAUUCAUUUUAUGCUGUAAUGCAUUUGUGUGAAGUCAAAAUUUGCAUAUGAAUUCUUGAAGCCAAAAAAAUGUUUCAUGACCUUAA